AUGUCAACACAAUCAGUGAUGGGCAACUCGACGCCUGCCGCGCAGAAGAUCGAGAAGAAGCCCGUGAAGUUCUCGAACUUGCUCCUCGGAGCUGGCCUGAACAUGUUCGAGGUCACUACCCUCGGCCAGCCCUUGGAAGUCGUCAAGACCACCAUGGCCGCCAACAGGACAGACACAUUCGCUGGUGCCAUGAGCAGGAUAUGGGGACGCGGUGGUGCUCUUGGCUUCUACCAAGGCCUCAUCCCCUGGGCCUGGAUCGAAGCCUCCACCAAAGGCGCCGUACUUCUCUUCGUCGCCUCCGAAGCCGAAUACUACGCAAAAACAUUUGGCGCCAACAACUUUGUCGCCGGCAUCAGCGGUGGCAUGUUCGGCGGUCUUGCUCAAGCAUACGCGACGAUGGGCUUCUGCACAUGCAUGAAAACAGUCGAAAUCACCCAACACAAGCUCGCCGCGCAGGGCAUCAAGCCUCCAUCCACAUUCACCACUUUUGCCAACAUCUACCGACAAGAAGGCAUCCGCGGCAUCAACAAGGGCGUCAACGCAGUUGCUAUCCGACAAGUCACCAACUGGGGUUCUCGGUUCGGUCUGUCACGUCUGGCGGAAAACGGGAUCAGGAGCUUGACGGGCAAAGACGACGGUCAAAAACUUUCCGUAAUCGAGAAGAUCACUGCUUCUGCUCUAGGUGGUGGCUUGUCUGCCUGGAACCAGCCGAUCGAGGUCAUCCGUGUUGAGAUGCAGAGCAAGACCGUCGACCCAAAUCGCCCGAAGAACCUGACCGUUGGGAAGACACUGAGGUAUAUCUACGGCCAGAACGGCAUCAAGGGUCUAUAUCGUGGUGUGGCGCCCCGUAUUGGAUUGGGCGUGUGGCAGACUGUGUGCAUGGUGGCAUUGGGUGAUGUGGCCAAAGAAGCAGUCGAGAAACUCACCGGCGAGACCGUUACCGCGAAGCAUUAA